AUGGACAUGCCCGGACCCCUGGGAGAUGGUGGUGAUGAUGAGCUCUUCCCCGUCCAAAUGGAAGGCGUCAAGCUGACGGUGAACAAGGGGCUCAGCAACCACUUCCAGGUGAACCACACAGUCGCUCUCAGCACCCUGGGGGAGUCCAACUACCAUUUCGGGGCGACCUACGUCGGCACGAAGCAGUUGAGCCCCACGGAGGCGUUCCCGGUGCUGGUGGGGGACAUGGACAACAGCGGCAGCCUCAACGCUCAAGUUAUCCAUCAGCUGACGACGCGCCUCCGCUCCAAAGUGGCUUUCCAGAAAAUGGGGGACACCAAAAAACGGCGGUUUGUCGAAAAAAUGGGAUCCUCUAACGAGCAGCUGCAGGGGGGGGGGGAAUUUGAAGCCAGCACCCGGCUGCGGGACCCGAGCGUCGCCUUCGGGUACCAGCUGGAGCUGCCCAAGGGGAACCUGCUUUUUCGGGGUACGGGGGGG